AUGGGUGGAUCUGACACCGGAUUUACCAUGAACUACGACAUGACACAGAAGUUGGGCUGUAACGCUUGCUCUGAAAUUGAGAACAAAUCCAAAUACUGGGUCGCUUCUCUCUAUUACCAUGCCCAGAAUGGAAGUUCAUUCAAGUUCCUCAGAAUGGGGGAGCUUUACUAUACUCGCCCUGAUCCAACCACAUAUGGGACCAUCGUAACCCCACCAACAGGGCUCCGCAUGAUUGCAGGAGGUCCAUUCGAUCGCCGGUAUAAGGACACUAUCCAAAUCGAUGCGAGAUGCUUUGCCUGUCUCAACUGUAAUGGUCCAGGAAUGCUACAAACAAACGGAUCCCCAACGACAAACUGUCCAAAUGGCCUUCGCGCCUAA